UGCCAAAUUAAUUAGAGACAGGACAACCUAUAUAUACCUGUAUAUAAAAAAAAUUAAAACUUAAUUACAUUCGAUGGAUACUUUACAACAACCAGAAAAGAAUGAUGUAGCAUUUCGUACGUUCAUUGGAGUUCUUGUCUCUGUUUGUGGCAAUGCGCUUAUCUCUGUUGCACUCAACGUACAGAAAAGAGCACACAACAAUAUUCAAGAACGGCAAAUGGCUAAUUAUUUUGCCAAUAUGGAUGAACCACCACAAUGGAUAUCUACAACACAGUACAAUGGAUUUUGCCCUGACGACGGUUAUUCUUCGCCGAGAUCCUCCUUGGAUACACACCGUCGAUCGGAAGCUGAACUCAUGGAGCAACACCAAAAGUUCAUUAUGACGAUGGCUCAAGAGCAGACAAAAGCAGGAGGAGAGACAGAGUAUUUAAAAUCAAAGCUGUGGUGGUUAGGUAUUUCACUCAUGAUUUUGGGUGAAGUGGGUAACUUUGUUGCUUACGGCUUUGCCCCUGCUUCCACCAUCGCUCCGCUUGGAACAACGACACUUGUUUCAAACGUCAUUUUGGCCCCUCUCAUGCUGAACGAAGUGUUUCGAAAGAGAGAUUUGUUAGGUGUCGUUUUAGCCGUUGCAGGUGCUGCCAUGGUUGUUUUAAGCUCAAAUUCUCAAGAAAUUGUCCUGUCACCUGAAUUAAUUGUGGAAUCUAUUACUCAAUUACAAUCUAUUAUUUACUUUAUUCUUACGGCCUGUGCUAUUGUAACAUUAACUAUACUGUCUCCUAUUUAUGGGGCUUCUAGCAUCAUGAUUGACUUGGGUUUAGUUGCCAUCUAUGGUGGUUACACUGUCCUCUCUACCAAAAGCGUAGCCUCCCUAUUGAGCUUAACCUUUUUUAAAAUGUUUGCCUAUCCUGUUUCUUAUUUAUUAAUUGCUGUAUUGGUCGUCACUGCCGUCUUACAAAUCAAAUACUUAAACAAGGCUUUACAACGAUUCGAUUCGACUGAGGUGAUUCCAACCCAAUUUGUAUUAUUUACGGUAUCUGCCAUUAUCGGUAGUGCCGUACUUUACCAUGAUUUUGAUGGCAUGGAUAUGGAACAAAUGUCAAGAUUUAUGUCGGGUUGCGCUGUCGAAUUUUUAGGCGUUUAUUUAAUUACUUCCAAGCGUACCAAGCGCAUUUAUUCUCCCGCAUUAUCGAUUAGUGCCGAUAGUGGUACUGCAAUUUCUUUCUCAGAUGAAGAAGCCCUGGAUAGAGUUGAUUUGUUACAGAGUGAGCAACCAUUAAUCAAUAGAAAAAUCACUCCCUUUCAACAUCAUAGACAAAGCCAUCUUCCUACUACCACCUUUGAAGCAUGGCAAGAAGCUAAUAGUCAUAUUGCAAACGCACUGAACCAUACACAAGGACAUCGUCGACAUAGCUCUGUCUUUAGAGGUAUCUCAAUGGCAUCUCAAUUACUAGACCGUAAUGAUGAACAACAAGGUGGAAUUCAAUUACCAUCUUCCCCUUCUCACCGAAGAAAUGAUCCAUCCACCCUUGGUAAUAUUAUCUCGGGUUUUACGUCUGCCAUUUCUUCUCAUACAACACCUCAUGAUCCCUCCUCUUCUACCACAGAAGAAGCUGAUGCAAUCGAAAUUGAAAUACCAACACCUUCUUCAUUUCACCCACAAGAAGAAGUAGAGCGUGAAUUAAUGCCUGUCCAUACAAGACGUACUUCAAAAUUGAUAGACAUCGGAGAGGACCGUGAUUUAUCCUAAUACAUAUCCCAUACCCCCAUACACAUAAUUAUAAAAAAAAACAUUUAUUCUAUACAUCUAUUUUUUCCUUUUCCUUUUCCUUUUUUUUUUUUUUUUUGUCUAAGCAUUUGUCUUUCUCUUUUUGGAUUUGGCUUCAUCUGCAUAAGCAGUAACGAGAUUUUCAGGGAGAUCAAGGAACUUACGAAGACCAAAGAUAGUAU